CAGGAGGGGACGGGUUAGGUGAAUUUCCAAAGUUAGCCUUAUCUUUGUGUGGCUGAAAUUGCAUAGACCUUCUCCGUUUAACUCUUUGUUUUUAAUUAAUUAAAAAUCAUUCUAUAGUUUGCAGUUAGUUAGUUGACAUAGUGAUAAUUGAAUGGGGAGUAGUUCUGCAUACUGUGGUGGAUUGCUAUGUUGUUCCCAGUUGCGUUUGAGAAAUUCAAGGAUAGUGUCGAGUUUAUCUCAGGUGGAUAAGGAGUUAAUGAAGGGGGAUGAAAGGGCUGCUUUAUCUCUUGUCAAGGAUUUGCAGGGUAAACCUGGUGGUCUUAGGUGUUUCGGCGCCGCUAGACAGGUUCAUGCAGGUACCACAGAGGCUAUAUUCCUUGGAUGAAUUGAGGCUGAAUGGAAUAGAAGCCGCAUCUCUUCUAUCACCAAUUGACACCACCCUUGGUGCCAUUGAAAGAAAUCUGCAAGUUGCUGCCAUAUUAAGUGGUUCUGCUGCAUGGUAUGCGCUUGAUUUGAGCCCGCAACAGCUUCUUUUUGUUUCUCUCGGCGUUCUGUUUCUGUGGACUCUUGACUUGGUUUCUUUCAAUGGAGGAGUUGGUGCUUUGGUCCUUGACACAAUUGGCCAUACUUUCAGUCAGAAGUACCAUAACAGGGUUAUUCAACAUGAAGCUGGGCAUUUCUUGAUUGCCUACUUGCUGGGUAUUCUUCCUAAGGGGUAUACACUAACCAGUUUGGAUGCUUUGAAGAAGGAAGGGUCGUUAAACAUCCAAGCAGGAACAGCCUUUGUGGACUUUGAGUUUACUGAGGAAGUAAAUAGAGGAAAAGUAACAGCCACGAUGCUGAACAGGUUUUCAUGUAUCGCACUAGCAGGUGUAGCAACCGAGUAUCUUUUGUUUGGGUACGCUGAGGGAGGCCUGACUGACAUUAAUCAGUUGGAUGCAUUACUGAGAAGCCUGGGAUUUACACAGAAGAAAGCAGAUUCUCAAGUGAGAUGGGCUGUACUGAACACAAUCCUUAUUUUGCGACGCCAUGAGAAGGCACGAGCAAAUCUUGCAGAGGCAAUGACUCAAGGGAAAUCUGUGGGUGUUUGCAUUGACACUAUAGAGAAAUCCAUUAGCGAUGACGAUUUGUAGCUUCAUAUUUCUUAAGAUCCAUCAUAUAAUUCCUGAUAUCCCCUAUAUUGUCCUCCUUUAUUCUCUUUAUUAAGUGAUCUUUUGAGUGAAAGUGAAGUUAUGUUACUGUUUCUCGUCAUAA